AUGGAGCCUAACCCGUUGGAAAACUUGGAUGAUCAUUACCGCUCUAUCUUACAAGAGGCCAUCCCUUUCAAUGAGGCUGCCUGGCAAUCAAUCACCAACGUUUUGUACUCCAACCCAGCGUCUGUGUCCGAGCCUACUAGCAAUCCCCCAUCUAUAGGCGAGUUCGGACCCACCACUUCUGAUCCCAGUCUCAGCGACUCACCGUUGCCGAACGGACCCUUGUUCAACCCCUCCGAGGGACAGAAUGCUUUUUCCAGCAUUAGUCUUAAUGAUCCAGGAUUCCUCGCGAGCCUCUCAAGCAAUGGAAUGAAUGACAACGGAUCAUCUGGUCAACUUGGAGGCUCGGACGAAACCACUUCCAACCCUACUGAGGCACCUCAUGAACAGGGCCUCACUAACGAUGCGACGCCUAUUCCGGUCGAGGAGAUGGCUGCUGGCGCCCUGAAACCUACGGAGAAUCCUCCCGCCUCUACACUCAACUCCUCCAGUGAACCGGAUCAAGAUGCUAAGUGCUUUUUAUGUCGGCAAACUUGGGCUCGACUUUGCCGCUCUGAUCCUGAGACGGUAGAUUAUACGAGUGUGGAAUUUCAUCUUUAUUACCAGAAGCAUCAUGAAGUUCAUUUGAGGUUGCAUCCCACAAUCGAAUACGGUGUCUCGAAGACUGAUGAGGAAGAGGAAGACGCAGUUGAUAACUAUGAACACAACAGCGAGGCAGAUGAUCUUGAAGGCCACGACAGUGAGGAAGAGGAAGAUCAAUCAAAUGAAGACUGUUUAGAUGCUGCGGAUGAUGAAGUAGCCCUUGGGCCUGAUUUCUUUCAAUCCAAUCCAAUGGAGUUUGUUGAUUAUGCUGAGCAACGGGCAACCACUGAGCUAUCCACAGAAGGCAAUGGAACCAUUGAGCAGUCGAUUCGUCAAGCAGUCUCAGCAGCCGCAGUUAGGCAACACACAGAAGGCGACGAAACAAGUGCACAAGGGACCUCCUAUGCAGAGGCUAUAGAAGCGGCGCUUGUGCGAGAAAAACAAGUUUUCAAUGGACGCGAAGUUCCGAAAACUACUGGACGAGACAAGCUCUAUCUUGCGGUGGCAGAGACUGCACUACAAUGCACUGAAAACUUCGCCGGUAACAUUACCAAGUUCGAGUCUCUCGAUCACGCGCGGCAGGAAUUGGCCAACAAGGUCACUCGUCCCCCGCCUGAUGCUACUAUACCCACAAACGCUGCGCAGGAACGGGCAUACGUUAACGCCUUGCUCAAAUUCAUUCUUGACUUGGGGUUCUCAAUAGACAAUGAAGGGGCAUUGAAUCGAUUCAAAAAAAUCUAUUUGCCCCACAAGGAAGAGAUUGAACUGUGGUGCUGGGGGGUUGUGGACAUCGUGAAACAACGCGCGAUAAAUGGACAUCCAACAAGAAAACCGGGUUGCAGUUCCAAUUUCAAGGAGAGAAUGGCCGCGAUAAUGGAGUGCCUUCACUACCGCAAAACAACCUACAGCUCGUGCCAGACGAACAAUACCUUCGACAACCUCAUUGCCGAUCCAAAACAGACUUUGCAGUCAGGUAAAACCAACAAAAAGGGCAAUGCAAAGAAAAAGGUCCAAAUAACUAUGGGCAAAGAGGUCGAGGCCACUCAGCGACAAGCUUCGAACACCACCACGCCGGACACAACACUUGACGCACAGAACAAGAGGCAGUCAAAGAAGAAGACAACGGCGCAGCAACAUAGAUCUAGCACGGAGGCACCGCGAGGACAAAAUAACGCUAGAGCGGAGGAACAGGGCUCAGCGCAACCGCAAAAUGCCAACACAGCCCACCACCCUUCACCCGUGCCAGAAAACCAAAAUGUUCACGGAGUUGCUGACGUUUCUCGGGACAUGCAGGCAGUGCAACCUUUGAUCCCUUCGCCUCUCGUUGCCGGUCAGCACGGAGUGCUGAACCACGGAGGUCAUCCAAAUCUCGCAGCUGGCUGGCCCUUGCAAUACCAAGAACCGUAUUUUCCAGCGAGCCCGGGCGUUAGCGAAGUUCCUGGCGUCUCUCGAGACAUGCGGGCAGUGCGACCUGACGGCACCUUGCAUCCGGUUAACGGUCAGCAUGGAUUGACGGAUUACGGAGGCCGUCAAAAUCUCGCAGCGAGCUCUGCCCUUCAAAGCCAACCACAGUAUCAUCCGCGAUAUGCUACGACCAUAGAUGAUAAUGGUUCUGAACAACAAGCACAGAACCGUCCAGUAGAGCAGUACUCGAACACUUAUCAUGAGCCGUUAUUUGACCUGAUGAGCUCGGUUGACAUUGACAUGAUCACCCGUUGGGAUACGGCGGCCUUUGAAGACGAGAACAUGCCUCAUUUGUCACAAACUAUUUCUAUUCCUCCACAUGUCAAUGCUUCCGGGUCUCAUCCAGCUACUCAUUAUAACGAAAACAUCCUUCCCCAGCAAUUGAAUGGGAUUUCCACUGCUCCCGGCGCUGGGCAAACUUUCAACAGUCAUCAACACCCGGGAACUCGUCGAGCUCCAAACAAUAGCCAAGUUCGCCGCGCUGGUCAAGCUUCGCAGAAUAGCACCAAUACCCGUACCCUGAGAAAGCGUUCUCACACGGACGAGGAUGCGCUUGUUUCCACUUCUCCGCAAGGCCCAAAACGUCAGCGUAUCUCACGCUUUGUCCCGAACCACAAUGACUGUCAAUCAUCGGAGCCCUAG